AUGGACUCUGUCUGGGCAAAGCGCAGCAAUCGUUCAAGCAUCGCAACACCGGAGCACUUUACAUCUUUAACCCAUCCCACAUCCACCACGUCCUCAUCUACCUCGUCCAAUUCAUCAUCCACUUCCUCGUCUUCGACGACAUCCACCAAACUCAUCCAACUCCAACGUACCUCCUCUCCCAAUGGCACAUCCUCGAUAUCUUCGGUCCUCCUUUCACCAACAACGCCUCUUGUAGCUUCUGCCUCGGGUUAUCUCUCCAAAAGUCGUGGGAGCAUUGUGGAGGAGAGCAAGGAGAAAGACAAAAAAGAAUCUGGAGCUAGUGUGGGAGGGAUAGGAAACAUUGGAACGGCGACGGGGGUGGGGAUUGGAAGUAGGGAAGGUUUAAGGAAAGACGGAACAAUUAAUGGAAGUAAUGGUGUCGUUGCAUUAAAUAGACAGCAGUAUAUACCGAGUCCGACUAGUGAUAUCCAUCCACUGCAUUUUACCUGGGUGUUUUGGUUCAUGCAUCGUGCGCCUGGGAGUAAAAUUACGAAUUAUGAGCAGAGCAUGAAGAAGAUUGCCGCGUUUUCUUCGAUAGAAGACUUCUGGGCAGUUUAUAGUCAUCUUCGUCGACCCCACGGGUUGCCAAACAUUAGUGAUUACCAUCUUUUCAAACAGGGCGUAAGGCCUGUAUGGGAGGAUGUUACAAACAUUAAUGGUGGCAAGUGGAUUGUCAGACUACGAAAAGGUUUGGCCAGUCGAUACUGGGAAAGUUUGGUAAUGGCAGUUAUUGGCGACCAAUUCGAUGUAGGAACAGAAAUCUGCGGGGCAGUUCUGUCAAUUCGUAGUUCGGAAGAUAUUCUAUCCUUGUGGAACCAGUCUGCUCGGGAAGGACGAAUUAAUUUAAAAAUAAGAGACACUAUGAAACGUGUUCUAAAUUUACCUCCAGAUACAAUCAUGGAGUACAAAUCACAUACUGAUGCAAUGAAAGAUAAUUCUAGUUUCCGUAAUACGGACGUGUUUCGAUAA